AUGCUUGCCAAGGCAGCUGCUGGUGCCUCGGCUCCUACAUUACGAGGAUCGGUUUACCUCGACUCUCACGACGUGAAGAUAAUACAAUAUAAGGCGGCCAUUUACAAACUAGGGGAGAUGACUAGACUGCUCAAUAUUUUGGAGAAAAACCUCGAGAGGACUGGCUCUAGUAAGAUAAUACCACUAGUGAAUUAUAUGUUGUCCUUAUGUGAGGGUCCACUGUUCAACGUGCAUCCCAUUUUGAGAAAGAGAUAUCAACUGCUUUGCGAAUUCAAGGCCUGCAAAGUGACUCCGAUUCUUCCAGCAUUAAGCACAUCACAAAUUGAUCUUAAAUUGGAAUUUCCGCCCUUUAUCAGGGAUCGAGAGUCUCUCAGAAGUAAGAUUUAUGAUGAUGAACUCCAGUGGAAGCUAUUAGGGUGCCUACAAAAGGUGCUCGCCAACUGCACAACGAUAUACGAGAGAAGACUGAGACAAAUACAGCUUGAGCGGAAUGCAAUGAGACCUGCGGAUACUUCAGGAAGGUCUAUUCCUUUAGAUCUGAAUGCUGUUGAAGAUCUUCUCAGACCACAGGAGUUGUCGUUAUCUUUAGAUCUGGCCGUUCUGAUCAAUGACGCAGAACAAGACACAACAACCCGCUCACUGCUGAAACUGCAAACGCAGGUACUGGCCAAGUUCGCUCUAUGUCUGCAAAGCAAAGUCCUGCCCGUCAUCAGAGGCUACUAUAACCAACUGCAUACUUUCUGUGCUUCCAGAGGUAUAUCAGCAGCCGCGGUUAAAGAAUUACAAUACUGGCAAUACUCACUUCACAGAAUUUACGCGUUGAUGCUGAGGGCCCUAUACAUCUUCGACGUCAUGAUGAGUUUGACUACACAAAUCUACUUCCCGAACCGAUCGUAUCUCAACGAUAUAAAGACUCGGCUCCUGAGUCAAAAUGUAUUCUCAUACCAGGAGGCUUUGCAAAGAGUUGAAGAGCUGUGCGACUCGUCUGAACACGCAGCGAUAGCUAAACUGGUUACAGCUCUGCUUGAUCUUUCUAAACAGAAUGUUGCUUACCAUGUGCAACCGGGGAAAAUCUUGGAACUAUACCAGAACUCUUUAUCUCAAGUGGUUCCCUUUUUAAGGACCAGUACACAGACCUUGAGCGAAUUUGCAGAAAUGUGGACAUACAUAGAAGGUAAUUUGGAGGCGCAAAACCUGAUCAAUGGAUAUGAGGCUUCACAGCUGCGUCGAAUGCUGGACGAACGAUUAGAGGCUGACAGGCUGACUCAUAUUGAAAGAAGAAAGGUGAAAUCCUCAAUCAAGGAGCCAGGAUCUCCGCUCAAAGGUAGCAGUACGCCAAAUUCCAGACACACGUUGAGGCGAAACCUGGUCGGAAAAUCGAACGGCUCCUCGAACUCAUCAGUGUCGUCCACUGGCCCAAGCUCACCCGGAACCAUGUCACCAUUGAGGAUGAGUAGGACAAAUUCGGUCGACGUGCAGUCCUCUAAUCCGUUGGGCUUUGCAUCACCGCAGGUCUCACGCCGAGGCUCCAUCGCUGAGAGCCGCUUACCAACCUCCAUAAACGCUUCGAAGGCAACUAUGGACCAAAAAAGUACACCACGUUCCCCCCUUGCAAACAGGAGAAUCAUGGGUAGACCUCGCUCUUCCUCAUUACAGUCUGCCCUCGAGAGCAACCGAAAGACGAGACAAGGCCCUGCUAGCCCAUCGCGCUCCAAUUCUUUGCAGGCCGACGCAACUGUUAACCAAAAGAUCAUCCAGGAAGCUGUAUCUAAAAGUUUCAAUGGAGCUGGAAAGGUAGGCUCACCUCUGAGCAAGGUGCAAACUAGGACGACGCUUAACCAUAGUCCAAGCCCGGAUGACAUCCGCUGUGAGUCUCCUGCAUCGGAGCUUGAGAAGCUGACCCUGAAUCCGGAAGACAAUCAAAAUAAAGAGGAUGACUUUGUACAGAUUACUGUGUCCUCUGACUACCCAUCGAUCGCUUCGAAGAGCAAUCUCUGUAUCAAGAAAGUACGAUUCAUUGGGGUCCCGCCGUUGGAUGAAAAGGAGGAUAAAAGCCCGAAACGGCGAGGUUGGUACAAAAAACCAGCAGUACUGCAUUAUCCACCUCCUCCACCGCAGUUCGCUGUCCAAAAAUACAAGAUGCGCCAGGAAGGAAUGGCCUUCAGGACCAGUCUACGGGAGGAAGACACGACCAAGAAGUCAAACCUACUACUGAAUUUGGAUAUUUCGCAGCCUAGGGAUUCAGCGACGCAAAAAAUCGCAUCCAAACUGCGUGAUAAACUUAGAUAG